AUGGAGACCAAGCUUGGUGGAGCUCGUGCAAAGGAAAUAAUGGAUAGGCUUCCUUUUGAUGGCGCCAUCCAUACCGAAAAAAUUGGGUUCGCAGGAGGCCUUUGGCUGCUCUGGAAUGCUGAUAUUGUGGAGGUGGUUCAUUUGGCAAAUACAGAGCAAGAAAUCCAUGUGGAAGUGAAGGGAUUCUUGGGUCCCAAAUGCACGUGGACGAAUAGAAGGGAGUUGAAUAACCUUAUUCAAGAGAGAAUAGAUAGGUUUUUCAUGAAUCCUAGUUGGUGCCUCUUGUAUCCAGAAGCUAGGGUCUCCCACCUCACUCGUUGCCAUUCUGACCAUUGUCCUGUUCUUCUUGAAACUGUUCCUAGACAGACCAAUUUCCUUAAUAGGCCUUUUAGAUUCCAAAGCUUCUGGUUGUCCGACCCUUCUUUUCCUCAAGUGGUGACUAAGGCUUGGAAUCGGGAUGAAAAUCUUUCAACUUCUAUUGUUUUAGCUUCCAACCCCCAAUCAUCCCUAAUUGAUUUGGAAAAUCAGCUUCACAAAGAAUUGGAUGUAGUGCUGAAUCAAGAGGUGGAGUUGUGGGCCUUAAAAUCUAGAAUUAAUUGGAUGGUGAUGGGAGACCGUAACACUUCUUUCUACCAAGUUUCUGCUCUUUCUAGGAGGAAAAGGAACACAAUUACCAUGGUUAAAAACGAGGUAGGGGACUGCUUAACGGAGGAAAGAGAAGUAAUGAACCAUUUUAGAGAGGGGUUCAUCAGGCUGUAUACUACCAGCCAAGUCAAGGCUGCUUGGAAUCAUAACCUCCGGCAGGGAUGGCAAAGUAGUCUCACGGAAGAGGAGAAGCACAGUUUAGAGAAGCCGGUGAUAGAUGCUGAAAUAGUCACUGCCUUGUGGUCUCUUAAGGCAUUCAAGUCUCCAGGUCCUGAUGGACUUCAUGCUGGUUUUUUCCAGAGAUUCUGGUCCACGGUGGGGGAUUCAGUGAAAGAGGAGAUUAGGAAGGCUUUCCUAUGCAGAAAAAUUCCGGACUAUUUAAAUAACACAAGUAUUGUCCUUAUUCCUAAGAUCCAAAGCCCGGAAUCCAUUAGUAGCUAUAGACCUAUUAGCUUAUGCAAUUCGGUUUACAAAAUCGUCACUAAAAUUAUAGUGGGGAGGUUGAGACCUUAUUUGGAUAAAUUAAUAGGUCCUUGCCAAUCGGCUUUUGUUCCGGGAAGAAGAGGAGUGGAUAAUGCUAUUAUUGUUCAAGAAUUGAUCCACACUAUGGGUAAAGCAAAGGGCAAAGGAGGUUAUAUGGUUUUGAAAAUUGAUUUAGAAAAAGCCUAUGAUAAAUUGGAGUGGAGUUUCAUUAGGGAUAUGUUGAUUCGGUUUAAUCUUCCAAGGAAUUUAAUUGAGCUUAUUAUGAGCAGCAUCUCUUCGGUUUCCACCUCUUUACUCUUUAAUGGAGGGGCUCUAGAGCCUUUUCAUCCUACUAGAGGGAUUAGGCAAGGCGAUCUGUUAUCUCCGUACAUCUUUAUUAUGUGUAUGGACUAUUUGGGGCAACUAAUUCAGGAAAGGUGUGAUGAUAAGUCUUGGAUUACUAUUAAAGCUUCUCGAAGAGGGCCAACCUUCUCGCAUCUAUUUUUGGCAGACGAUCUUGUCCUCUUUGCCAAGGUAAACAUGGAAAAUUGUCUUGUAAUUAGAGAAGUGUUGGAUGAAUUUUGCAACCAAUUCAGUCAGACCUUAAGUGAAGCUAAAUCCAGGGUUUUCUUUGCUCCAAAUGUGGACCGUAGUGAUAGAGAAGCUUUGAGUGACAUCCUCAAUUUUCAGUCUACCCCUAAUCUAGGGAAGUACCUUGGCUUUCCCAUUAAGCAUAGUGGUGCAUCAAAUCAGGAUUUUAACUUUGUGUUGGAAAGGGUGAAGAAGAAACUUGCAGGAUGGAAAGCAAACCUCCUCUCCAUGGCCGAGAGGUCAGUUCUGAUCCAAGCAGCCACUUCUACCAUCCCAGCUUAUGUUAUGCAAUGCAACCAGCUCCCAGGAAAGAUUUUAGAAGGCAUAGACCAAGUGGGAUGGAAAAAGGUCACUACCCCUAAGGAUGUAGGUGCGUUGAGUAUCCAAGCUGCAAAGGGAAGGAACACGGCUCUUCUCGCUAAAUUAAAUUGGAGGUUUCACACGGAGAAAGAUUCUCAAUGGCCUAAAGUGUUGAGACUGAAAUAUUGUACUAAUCGACGUUUAAAUUCCAGAAAUGAAGCUAGGCUUCCUUGCUCUCGUACUUGGAGGAGUAUGAAGAAAGGGGAACCUGUUUUCAAGAAAGGAAUCACUUGGAUUUUGGGGUAUAAUAGCAACCGUAGCUUCUGGCAUGACAACUGGACCAAGGUAGGUAUCUUAAGAAAUAUCAUCCAAGGUCCCUUAACCACCGAGUCUAAUUUGUUAGAAAUUAAAGACGUUGCUAGUUUGGAAGGAUGGAAUUGGAAAUUGCUGCAAUUGGAGAUUCCUGAGGAUGUUAAAAGAGAGAUUCAAGCUACCCCUUUGUCGUGUGUAGCAAGAAAUCAGGACAAAUUAGCUUGGAAACCUUCUCCCAAAGGUUCUUUUGAUCUUAAUAGUGCUUAUCUCCUUGCUAGCGAACCUCUCCUUGAUCCGGCCUUUCAAGGGAAGUGGAUUUGGAAGCUAGAUACUUUGCCGAGAAUUAAAACUUUCAUUUGGAAGUGCAUGCACCAGAGUAUAGGGGUGCGCUGGGAAAAACCUUGUAAUGGCUGGUUGAAAUUAAACACUGAUGGGUCGUCUUUGGGAAACCCAGGUUUAGCUGGUGGUGGAGGACUUCUUCAAGAUGAGUAUGGUAGCUGGAUUGGGGGGUUUUCUAGAAGGAUUGGCAUAGCAAACAGCUUCACAGCUGAGUUAUGGGCGUCGCGGGAUGGACUUCUUUUAUGCCGGCAAUUGAAUGUUCAAUCUGUGGCUAUUGAGUUAGAUGCAAGUGCCAUAGUUGAUGCAUUUACUCACCAAUCUGCAGCUAACACUAUUGUGUCUUCAAUAAUGGAUGACUAUUCUGAUUUUGUGUUGUGGAAUGGUCCGCCUGUGGACCUUAUUUCUGUUCUAGAGGCUGAUAGCCGUGGUCUGUAUAGUAACAGACAUUGUGUUGAUCCUGGUUUUGUUCCUUAG